CACUGCAGGGGCUCCCCAGUACAGCUGCCCCACUCCCUGUGUCUCCACCGGGUCUGAGGGAGAGAGGGAGGGGGAAGAGACCCCAGCCCUCUGCUCCCUCUCUCUCUCUCCAGCUGCUGCCCCCUCCCCAAAAAUCCACCUUGGGACAAGCCUCCAGCCCUGACCACAACCCAGAUUCCAGGAAGCCAAGAUGGAUUACAACACCUUCAGCGGGGCGCCCCGCUUCCUCACCCGGCCCAAGGCUUUCCUGGUGUCGGUGGGCAAAGAUGCCACCCUGAGCUGCCAGAUUGUGGGCAACCCAGUCCCGAUGGUGAGCUGGGAGAAGGACCAGGUGCCUGUGGCCUCGGGCGGGCGCUUCCGUAUGACUGAGGAGGGUGACCUGUACCGCCUGACCAUCGUGGACCUCACCCUGGAGGACAGUGGCCAGUAUAUGUGCCGGGCCCGCAAUUCCAUCGGAGAGGCCUUUGCUGCGGUCAGCCUGCAGGUUGGCGAGGACACCAUGAGAGCCGAGCUAGCUCCCUACUUCCUUCUGCGGCCGACAUCUAUCCGGGUGAGCGUGGGAGAGGAUGCCACCUUCCGCUGCCGCGUGCAGGGCAGUCCUCCGAUGUCAGUCAGCUGGACUAAAGAUGGUCAGCGGCUGGGCGAGCCAUCGUCUCCCGACUUCCACCGCGUGAAGGUUGAGGCUCGGGGUGAAGACAGCUCCCUGAGGAUCCGGGGCGCCCGUCCCCGGGAUGGCGGCACCUACACGGUCUUGGCGGAGAACCCGAUUGGGUCUACCAGUGCGGCGGCCGCCCUCGUGGUAGAUGAGAAGUCCCUCCUCGGUCCCAGGGCUGCCGAUGCCGCCUCUGGGACCACGGCCCUGCUGUCCCACCUCCAGAGGCGGAGGGAGGAGAUGCGAUCCGAGGGCCCCGCUCUGAGCUCCGGCUCGGGGCGCUGGUCCAGCGGGGGCACACGCACAUGCACGGUGACGGAGGGCAAGCAUGCUCGCCUGAGCUGCUACGUGACGGGGGAGCCCAAGCCUGAGACGAUCUGGAAGAAAGAUGGGGAGGUGGUGGUCGAGGGCCGGAGGCACAUGGUUUAUGAAGAUGAGCAGGAGAACUUUGUCCUUAAGAUCCUCUACUGCAAACAGGCGGACAACGGGCUCUACACGUGCACAGCCUCCAAUCUGGUGGGGCAGACCUACAGCUCUGUGCUGGUGGUGGUGAGAGAGCCCACUGUACCCUUCAAGAAGAGACUGCAUGACUUGGAGGUCCGGGAGAAGGAAGCUGCCACCUUCCAGUGUGAGGUGCCCCUUCCUGCCACAGAAGCUUCUUGGUAUAAGGAAGAGACCAGACUGCGGCACAGCAACAAGUACAAUAUCGAGGAGGAAGGCACAUGGCGCCGACUGACGGUGCAAAAUGUCACCACAGAUGACGAUGCUGUCUAUAUCUGUGAGAUGAAGGAGGGCAGCAGGACCAUUGCUGAGCUUUCUGUCCAAGGUAACAUCACCAAGAAGCUUCCAAGGAAGACCAUGGUGCUAACUGGGGACACAGCCAUCUUCUGUGUGGAAUUGGCAGCCUCAGCUGAUCCCAUCCGAUGGCUGAGGAACCAGGAGGAAGUCAAGGCUGGGGACCGCAUAACAAUCACUUCCACAGGCACCUGCCACACACUGACCAUCAAACAGUGCUGCCAGGAGGAUGCUGGGGAGGUAGCCUUUCUGGCUGGCGAAUGCAGGACCUCCACCCAGUUUGUUGUAUCUGCGCCCAGGAAGCCUCCUCCACAAGCCCCCUCCGAACCCGUGGUGAAGUCUAAAACAGACAGCUCUGUGACACUCGGAUGGUCUCAACCACGGCUAGACCGGCCCAUUGCCAUCGACGGCUACCUAGUAGAAAGGAAGAAACUAGGCAGCCAGAGAUGGACUCGGUGCCAUGAGACAGAGAGAAUCUCCACACUCGAGGUGACUGUGAGUGGUCUGAUGGAGGCAGGAGAUUACCAGUUCCGAGUGGCAGCCAUCAACAGCUUUGGCCAGGGUCCCUACCUUGAAUUUCCAGGGACCAUCCACCUGGAACCCCAACUGGCUGUGAAGACACCUUUGAAGGCUAUAGAGGCUGUAGCUGGUGGUGAGGUGACUUUCACUGUGGACCUCACUGUGGCUUCCUUCGGCGAGUGGUUCUUGGAUGGACGGGCCCUGCCAGUCAGUGACAUAUAUGUGAUUCGCUGCAAAGGCACCCAACAUUCCUUGACCAUCAGCCCAGUCCCCGCCAACCUGGAUGGUGCCCAACUCAAAUUUGUGGCCAAUGGUAUAGAAAGCAGUAUCCGGAUGGAGGUCAGAGCCGCUCCGGUGCGCAUCACCAACAAGUCCGCAGCGGUGCAGAAGAUCUCAGCCCGCCUGCACGAGGAGGCGCAGCUCUUGGCGGAGCUGUCCGACCAGGCUGCGGCUGUGACAUGGCUGAAGGACGGUCGGGCCCUGCCCAGUGGGCCCAAAUAUGAGCUCCAGGCCACGGAGCAGCGGCGGGUGUUGCGGGUGCGAGACGUGGCCAGGGACGACGCCGGCCUCUAUGAGUGUCUCAGUCACGGGGACCGCAUCGCUUACCAGCUCUGCGUGCAAGAUCUGGUCCAUUUCCUCCACAAAGAUGUGGCAGGAGGCUCCGUGGAGGCCGUGUUGGGGGGCCAGGCCCAGUUUGAGUGUGAGACAUCAGAGGCCCACGUGAAUGUGCGCUGGUACAAGGAUGGCACCGAACUGGGACGCUCCCAGCGCCUCUUCCAGGAGGACAAGGGAACGAAACACUCCCUGGUGGUGGGCACCGUCACCAGGCAGGAUGAGGGCACGUACGCCUGCAGAGUUGGGGAGGACACUCUGGAGUUCAAGCUCAAGGUCUCUGACAAAGCAGUGAAAUUUAUCAACAAGCCGCCGUCCCCCCCUGAGGUGAUGGUCAGCCCUGGGGGGCAGCUGGAGCUGGCUUGUGAGGUGUCCGAGGCUGGUGGGACUGUGGUGUGGAAGAGGGAGCAGAAGGAGGUAAAGAAGGACCAGAGGACAGAGAUCCACAGCCAGGGCACUCGGCGGACCUUCAUCCUUCGCCAGAUGACCCAUAGCGACCAGGGCACCUACAGCUGCCAUGCUGGGGAUGACCAUGUCACUUUCCAUGUCCGGGUCCAAGAAUCCUCCCUAGUAUUUGCCAAAGAGCAACAAAGCCAGAAUAAGGUACAGGUGAUAUCUGGGGAAAAUGCUACCCUGAGCUGUGAGGUGGCUCAGUCCAAGACAGAUGUUACAUGGUACAAGGAUGGGAAGAAACUGAGCUCAAGCCAGAGGGUUCGACUGCAGGCCCAGGGUAAGAGCCGGCAGCUGGUGGUGCAGCAGGCAGGCAAGGCAGAUGCUGGAGAGUACAGCUGUGAAGCCGGGGGCCAGAGGGUCACCUUCCACCUCAACAUCAAAGAGUCUGCCGUGGUAUUUGCCAAGGAGCAGCAGACACAGAGCAAGGUGGAGGCCGUGGCAGGGGGCAGUGCCACCCUGAGCUGUGAGCUGGCCCAGGCCCACACAGAGGUGACCUGGUACAAGGAUGGGAAGAAACUGAGCCGCAGCCAGAAGGUGCACGUGGAGGCCAAGGGCAAGAGCCGGCAGCUGGUGGUCCAGCAGGCGGGGAAGGAGGAUGCUGGGGAGUACACCUGUGAGGCUGGGGGCCAGAAGGUCACCUUCUGCCUGGAUGUCAAAGAGUCUGUGGCAGUGUUUGCCAAGGAGCAGCAGACACAGAACAAGGUGGAGGCCGUGGCAGGGGGCAGUGCCACCCUGAGCUGUGAGCUGGCCCAGGCCCACACAGAGGUGACCUGGUACAAGGAUGGGAAGAAACUGAGCCGCAGCCAGAAGGUGCACGUGGAGGCCAAGGGCAAGAGCCGGCAGCUGGUGGUCCAGCAGGCAGGGAAGGAGGAUGCUGGGGAGUACAUCUGUGAGGCUGGGGGCCAGAAGGUCACCUUCUGCCUGGACGUCAAAGAGCCUGCCAUGGUGUUUGCCAAGGAGCAGCAGACACAGAACAAAGUGGAGGCCGUGGCAGGGGGCAGUGCCACCCUGAGCUGUGAGCUGGCCCAGGCCCACACAGAGGUGACCUGGUACAAGGAUGGGAAGAAACUGAGCCUCAGCCAGAAGGUGCACGUGGAGGCCAAGGGCAAGAGCCGGCAGCUGGUGGUCCAGCAGGCGGGGAAGGAGGAUGCUGGGGAGUACAUCUGUGAGGUGGAGGCCGUGGCAGGGGGCAGUGCCACCCUGAGCUGUGAGCUGGCCCAGGCCCACACAGAGGUGACCUGGUACAAGGAUGGGAAGAAACUGAGCCGCAGCCAGAAGGUGCACGUGGAGGCCAAGGGCAAGAGCCGGCAGCUGGUGGUCCAGCAGGCGGGGAAGGAGGAUGCUGGGGAGUACAUCUGUGAGGCUGGGGGCCAGAAGGUCACCUUCCGCCUGGAUGUCAAAGAGCCUGCCCUGGUGUUUGCCAAGGAGCAACAGGCACAGAACAAGGUGGAGGCCGUGGCAGGGGGCAGUGCCACCCUGAGCUGUGAGCUGGCCCAGGCCCACACAGAGGUAACCUGGAACAAGGAUGGGAAGAAACUGAGCCUCAGCCAGAAGGUGCAUGUGGAGGCCAAGGGCAAGAGCCGGCAGCUGGUGGUCCAGCAGGUGGGGAAGGAGGAUGCUGGGGAGUACAUCUGUGAGGCUGGGGGCCAAAAGGUCACCUUCCGCCUGGAUGUCAAAGAGACUACAGUGGUAUUUGCCCAAGAGCAGCAGACUCAGAGCAAGGUGGAGGCCGUGGCAGGGGGCAGUGCCAUCCUGAGCUGUGAACUGGCCCAGGCCCACACAGAGGUGACCUGGUACAAGGAUGGGAAGAAACUGAGCCCCAACCAGAAGGUGCACAUGGAGGCCAAGGGCAAGAGCCGGCAGCUGGUGGUCCAGCAGGUGGGGAAGGAGGAUGCUGGGGAGUACAUCUGUGAGGCUGGGGGCCAGAAGGUCACCUUCCACCUGGAUGUCAAAGAGUCCCUAGUUGUGUUUGCCAAGGAACAAAAGACUCAGAGCAAGGUAGAGACCAUGGCAGGGGGCAGCAUCACCCUGAGCUGUGAGCUGGCCCAGGCCCACACAGAGGUGACCUGGUACAAGGAUGGGAAGAAACUGAGCCGCAGCCAGAAGGUGCACGUGGAGGCCAAGGGCAAGAGCCGGCAGCUGGUGGUCCAGCAGGCAGGGAAGGAGGAUGCUGGGGAGUACAUCUGUGAGGCUGGGGGCCAGAAGGUCACCUUCUGCCUGGACGUCAAAGAGCCUGCCAUGGUGUUUGCCAAGGAGCAGCAGACACAGAACAAGGUGGAGGCCGUGGCAGGGGGCAGUGCCACCCUGAGCUGUGAGCUGGCCCAGGCCCACACAGAGGUGACCUGGUACAAGGAUGGGAAGAAACUGAGCCGCAGCCAGAAGGUGCACGUGGAGGCCAAGGGCAAGAGCCGGCAGCUGGUGGUCCAGCAGGCGGGGAAGGAGGAUGCUGGGGAGUACAUCUGUGAGGCUGGGGGCCAGAAGGUCACCUUCCACCUGGAUGUCAAAGAUUCUGUGGUGGUAUUUGCUAAGGAACAGAAGAUGCAGAAUGAGUUACAGGCCAUGGCAGGGGGCAGUGCCACCCUGAGCUGUGAGCUGGCCCAGGCCCACACAGAGGUGACCUGGUACAAGGAUGGGAAGAAACUGAGCCGCAGCCAGAAGGUGCACAUGGAGGCCAAGGGCAAGAGCCGGCAGCUGGUGGUCCAGCAGGCGGAGAAGGAGGAUGCUGGGGAGUACAUCUGUGAGGCUGGGGGCCAGAAGGUCACCUUCUGCCUGGACAUCCAAGAACCAGAAGCAAAAGCAGCUGAGAAACCUGCCAAGAGGGAGCCACUGGUCGUGCGAGAGCAUGAGGACAUCAUUCUGUCUGCCACGGUCUCAUCGGCCACAGCCACGGUCACGUGGCUGAAGGAUGGGCUGGAGAUCAGGCACAGCAAGCGCUAUGAGCUGUCCAGUGAGGGAGCCAGCCACACUCUCACUGUCCAUGAUGCCCAGACCCAAGACAGUGCCAUCUACACCUGCAGGGCCAACAAGGAGAAGCAAGACUUCACUGUCCAGGUGGAAGAGGUCCCUGUGAAAUUUGCCCGCCCUCUGGAACCAGUGAGUGGAGAGGUUGGACAGACAGUGGUUCUGUCCUGUGAGCUGAGCCAGGCCCUGGGCGAUGUGGUAUGGCGCUGCGGUGGGACGGAGAUCCGUCCUGGCAAGAGAUUCCAGAUGGGCGCGGAGGGGCCCCGGCGCACCCUCACCAUCGUGGGCCUGAGGGCCGAGGAUGAGGGCGAGUACUGCUGCGAGAGUCGCAACGACAAGACCACCACCCGACUGACAGCCGUGGUCCCCCGAGUGGCCAAGUUCACAUCAGGCUUGAGCAAUGCAGUCUCUGAAGAGGGCUGUGAAGCCACGUUCCAGUGUGUGGUUGCCCCCAGUGAUGCCAUGGUGGUCUGGCGUCGGAAUGGUGUGAAGCUGGAGUCUGGCACCAAGUACGUCAUCUCUCAGAGUGACGCUAGCCACAGCCUCAUCAUCACUGCCCUGACCCUCGAAGAUGCUGGCCAGAUCACAGCUGAAGCCGAAGGGGUCACCACAACGGCCAGUCUCAAAGUUCGAGAGGCUCCAGUGUUGUUCAAGAGAAAGCUGGAGCCAAUGACAGUGGAAGAGAAGGGCUCGGUGACAUUAGAAGUGGAGCUGACCAAGCCUUGUUCUUCCGUGAGGUGGACUCGGAACAGUGCCGCCUUGGUACCCAGUGAGAAUGUAGAGAUCCGGGCCGAAGGCACACGCCAUAGCCUGCUCCUUAAGAAUGUGAGCUUCUCUGACCGGGGCUUUUUUGGCUGUGAGACACCUGAUGACAAGACUCAGGCUAAGCUCAAUGUGGAGAUGCGUCAGAUCCGGCUGGUACGGGGCCUGCAGGCCUUGGAGGUACAAGAACAGGGAACAGUAUCCUUGGAGGUAGAGCUCUCCCAUGGUGAUGUGGAAGGCAGCUGGACCCGGGAUGGCCUGAAGCUGAAGUCUCAGGAUAACUGCUCUAUCACGGUCCAGGGUGUGAUUCACAAACUGACCCUGUGCUCCCUGGGCCUGGAGGAUGCUGGACUCAUAGCCUUCAAGGCAGAGGGAGUCCACACAUCUGCAAGGCUCACUGUCACUGAGCUUCCUGUGAAGUUCAGCCAGCCCCUGCAAGACAUGGUGGUUACGGAGAAGGAAAAGGUCACUCUGGAGUGUGAAUUAUCUCGAGCCAACCAUGAUGUCAAGUGGUUGAAGGAUGGAGUGGUGCUUCGAGUGGGGAAAACACUGGGAAUUAUUUCUCUGGGGACCAAGAGGAGCCUUGUCAUCCACAAGUGUGAGUUUGGAGACCAAGGUACCUAUGUAUGUGAUGCUGGUGAUGCCAAGACUUCAGCCACACUGCAGGUGCAAGGAACGACCUACUCCUUACUCUACCGGAAAGUCAUGGUGGAAGAUGCGGCCGAGAUCAAAUUUGUGGCAGAGAAUGCAGAAUCUCGAGCCCAGCUCAGAGUGAAAGAGCUGCCUGUGGUUAUUGUGCGACCACUGAGGGACAAAAUUGCCAUGGAGAAGCACCGGGGAGUGCUAGAAUGCCAGAUGUCAAGAGCCAGUGCCCAGGUGCGAUGGUUCAAGAAGGAUGUGGAGCUCCAUGCUGGGCCCAAGUAUGAGAUAGUCAGCGAUGGCAUCUAUCGGAAACUCAUCAUCAAUGAUGCUCAGCCAGAGGAUGAGGACACAUAUACCUGUGAUGCUGGCGAUGCUAAGACCAGCGCUCAUUUCUAUGUGGAAGAACAAUCCAUUACCAUUGUAAGGAACCUGAAAGACAUGGAAGUGAUGGAACCAGCUCCAGCCUGGUUUGAGUGUGAGAUCUCCAUUCCCUCCGUCCGUCCCCCCAAGUGGCUACUGGGCAAGACGGUGCUGCAAGCUGGGCGAGAUGUGACCAUUGAACAAGUAGAGACAGUCCACCGCCUGACCCUCCACCGGACCUGCUCCACCAUGACAGGCCCUGUGCAUUUCACCAUUGGCAAAUCCAAGUCCACAGCUCAGCUCAUUGUCUCAGACAUCCCUGUGCUGCUGAUCCGGAAAAUGGAGGACAAAACUGGCCAGGAGCAGCAGUCUGUGGUCCUGUCUUGUGAUUUCAAGCCUGCUCCUAAGGCAGUGCAGUGGUAUAAGGGUGACACCCCUCUUGAGCCCUCUGAGAAGUACAAGAUGAAGCUGGAGAAUCACAUGGCAGAGUUGCGGAUUCUGCGGCUCACGCCCAGUGAUGCUGGUGUCUACCGGUGCCAGGCUGGCAAUGCCAACAGCAGUGCCACAGUCACUGUGGAAGCUCGUGAAGUAGCAGUGAUACAGCCCCUCCGGGAUGUGGAGGCGACGGAGGAGGGCAGUGCCAGCUUCUCAUGCGAGCUGUCUCAUGAAGAUGAGGAGGUGGAGUGGCUCCUGAAUGGGACUCUGCUCUACAAUGACAGCUUUCAUGAAAUCUGCCACACGGGAAGAGGCCAUACACUGGUGCUUAAGCGUGUGAGCCUGGCAGACUCGGGCACCGUGAGUCUCAAGUCAGCCAAGGUGUCGCAGUCAGCCCGACUGACGGUGAAAGAGAAGCCUGUCGUGUUCCUCAAGCCCCUGGAUGACAUGGCAGGAGAAGAGAGGGGCACGCUGGCUCUGGAGUGUGAAGUCUCUCACCCCAAGGCACAAGCCAUCUGGCGGAAGGAUGGGGUGGAGCUGGGCAUCAGCGACAAAUACGAUAUCCUGCACACCGACCGGACCCGGGGUCUGGUGAUACACGACCUCUCUCGGGAUGACGCUGGCCUCUAUACCUGUGACAUCGGCACUGACCUGACCCGCUCCCAGGUCAGCGUGCAUGAGCUGCACAUUGGCAUCACCAAACGCCUGAAGACCACAGAGGUGCAGGAGGGAGAGAGCUGCACCUUGGAGUGCAUCCUGUCCCACCAGAGUGCUGGUGAUGUGGGCACUUGGACAGUCAAUGGGAAAGAGGUGGGUGGCUCUGGCCGUUUCCGAGCCUCGUGCCAAGGCCGCAAAUACACCCUCACCCUCCGAGAGGCAGCCUUGACGGACGCUGGCGAGGUGGUGUUCACCGUCCGGGAUCUCACUUCUAAAGCAUCCCUGAUCAUCAAAGAGAUCCCUGUAAGGUUCGUAGUCGGACUCCAAAGUACAGAGUCCAUAGAAGGAGCCUCCACCACAUUGCAGUGUGAGCUGAGCAAGGCAGCUCCAGUGGAAUGGAAGAAAGGUGAAAAGAGGCUCCGAGCCAGUGACAGAUACAGCCUGAGGCAGGAUGGGGCUCUGUGUGAGCUGGCCAUCCAUAGCCUUGACGUGGAUGACACUGGGGACUUCACCUGUGUGUGUGGAGAAGAGAAGAGCACAGCCACCUUGACAGUGAAGGCCCUGCCUGCCAAAUUCUUGGAAGGCCUGGAGAGCACCGAGGCCACAGAAGGGGCCACAGCCACACUGCGGUGUACACUGAGUAAGGCAGCUCCAGUGGAGUGGAGAAAGGGUCUGAAGAGACUCCGAGCCAGUGACAGAUACAGCCUGAGGCAGGACGGGGCUCUCUGUGAAUUGGUGAUCCAUAAACUAGACGUAGAUGAUUCAGGAGACUACACCUGUGUGAGUGGAGAAGCAAAGACCACGGCCACCUUGACAGUGAAGGCUCUUCCAGCUCACUUCAUAAAAGGCCUAAAGAUCAUGGAGGCCACAGAAGGGUCUAUGGUUGCCCUCUGCUGUGAGCUGAGCAAGGUUGCCCCUGUGGAGUGGAGGAAGGGGUCAGAAAAGCUUCAGAACAGUGACAGAUACAGCCUGAGGCAGGAUGGGGGUGUGUGUGAGCUGCUGAUCCACAGGCUGGACUUGGAUGAUGCUGGAGACUACACCUGUGUGUGUGGAGAAGAGAAGACCAAGUCAACAUUGACUGUUAAGGCCCUGCCUGCCAAGUUCAUGAAGGUUCUUCAGAGCACUGAGGCCACAGAAGGGUCCAUGGUCACCCUGCACUGUGAGCUGAGCAAAGCAGCCUCUGUGGAAUGGAAGAAGGGGUCAAAGAAGCUUCAGUCCAGUGACAGAUACAGCCUGAGGCAGGAUGGGGGUGUGUGUGAGCUGAUUAUCCACAAGCUAGACAUGGAUGAUGCUGGAGACUACGCCUGUGUGUGUGGAGAAGAGAAAACUACAGCAUCUCUGACAGUCAAGGCUUUGCCUGCCCAGUUCACAAAAUGUUUGUGGAGCAUAGAGGCAAAGGAAGGGGCCACAGCAACACUACAUUGUGAGCUGAGCAAGGCAGCCCCUGUGGAGUGGAGCAAAGGGCCAGAGAAGAUUCAAAGCAGUGACAGAUACAGCCUGAGGCAGGAUGGGGCUAUGUGUGAGCUGGUGAUCCUGAAUCUUCAUCUCAAUGAUGCAGGGGACUAUAUUUGUAUGUGUGGAAAGGAAAAGACCACAGCAAGCUUAAUUGUGAAGGCCCUGCCUGCCAAGUUCAUAAAAGUUCUCCAGAGCACUGAGGCCACAGAAGGGUCCAUGGUCACCCUGCACUGUGAGCUGAGCAAAGCAGCCCUUGUGGAGUGGAGGAAGGGGCUAGAGAAGCUUCAUUCCAGUGACAGAUACAGCCUGAGGCAGGAUGGGGGUGUGUGUGAGCUGGUAAUGCACAAGCUGGACAUGGAUGAUGCUGGAGACUACACUUGUGUGUGUGGAGAAGAGAAGACCAAGACAACCUUGACUGUCAAGGCCCUGCCUGCCAAGUUCAUAAAAGUUCUCCAGAACAUUGAAGCCAUAGAAGGGUCCAUCAUCACUCUAUAUUGUGAGCUGAGCAGGACAGCCCCUGUGGAGUGGAGGAAGGGGCUAGAAAAGCUUCAUUCCAGUGACAGAUACAGCCUGAGGCAGGAUGGGGGUGUGUGUGAGCUGGUAAUCCACAAGCUGGACAUGGAUGAUGCUGGAGACUAUACUUGUGUGUGUGGAGAAGAGAAGACCAAGGCAACCUUGACUGUCAAGGCCCUGCCUGCCAAGUUCGUAAAAGUUCUCCAGAACACUGAAGCCACAGAAGGGUCCAUCAUUACUCUAUAUUGUAAGCUGAGCAGGACAGCCCCUGUGGAGUGGAGGAAGGGACUAGAAAAGAUUCAGUCUAGUGACAGAUACAGCCUGAGGCAGGAUGGGGGUGUGUGUGAGCUGGUGAUCCACAGACUGGACAUGGAUGAUGCUGGAGACUACACUUACCUGCCUGCCAAGUUUGUGAAAGUUCUCCAGAGCACUGAGGCCACAGAAGGGUCCAUAUUCACCCUACAUUGUGAGCUGAGCAAAGCAGCCUCUGUGGAGUGGAAGAAGGGGCCAGAAAAGCUUCAGACCAGUGACAGAUACAACUUGAGGCAGGAUGGGCCUGUGUGUGAGCUGGUGAUCCAUAGGCUGGACAUGGCUGAUGCUGGAGACUACACCUGUGUGUGUGGAGAAGAGAAGACCAAGGCAACCUUGACUGUCAAGGCACUGCCUGCCAAGUUCAUGAAGGUUCUUCAGAGCACUGAAGCCACAGAAGGGUCCAUGGUCACCCUGCACUGUGAGCUGAGCAAAGCAGCCCCCCCUGUGGAGUGGAGGAAGGGGCUAGAGAAGCUUCAGUGCAGUGACAGAUACAGCUUGAGGCAGGAUGGGACUGUGUGUGAGCUGAUGAUCCACAAGCUGGACAUGGAUGAUGCUGGAGACUACACCUGUGUGUGUGGAGAAGAGAAGACCAUAGCAUCUCUGACUGUCAAGGCCCUUCCUCCCCAGUUCAUACAGGUUCUGAGGGCUAUGGAAGUCACAGAAGGGGAUAAAGUCAUUCUAAAAUGUGAACUAAACCAACCAGCCCCUGUGGAGUGGAGGAAGGGGCUAGAGAAACUUCAAACCAGUGUCAGACACAACCUGAGGCAGGAUGGAGCUAUGUGUGAGCUGAUGAUCCAUGGGGUGGACAUGGACGAUGCUGGAGACUACACCUGUGUGUGUGGAGAAGAGAAGACCAAGGCGACAUUGUCUGUGAAGGCCCUCCCCAGCAAGUUCACGGAAGAACUCCAGGCCACAGAGGCCACAGAAGGGACCACCACCACACUGCGCUGCCAACUGAACAAGACAGCCCCUGUAGAGUGGAGGAAAGAGUCCCAGAAGCUUCAAGCCAGUGACAGAUACAGCCUGAGGCAGGAUGGGGCUGUGUGUGAGCUGGUGAUCCACAGUCUGGACAUGGAUGAUGCCGGAGACUACACCUGUGUGUGCGGAGAGGAGCAGACCUCUGCAACUCUGACAGUGAAGGCCCCACCUGCCAAGUUUAUAGAAGGACUGAAGUGUAUGGAGGCCACAGAAGGGUCCAUGACCACCCUACACUGUGAGCUGAGCAGGGCAGCCCCUGUGGAGUGGAGGAAAGGGCUAGAGAAGCUUCAAGCCAGUGACAGAUAUAGCCUGAGGCAGGAUGGGGCUGUGUGUGAGCUGGUGAUCCACAGGCUGGACAUGGAUGACACAGGAGACUAUAUAUGUGUGUGUGGAGAGGAAAGAACCACAGUGACUCUGAAUGUAAAAGCCCAGACAGUGGUGUUCCGGAAGCCCUUGAAGAGCCAGCAGGCUGAGGAGGGCGAGACAGCCACCCUGCGGUGUGAACUUUCUAAGCCUGAUGUCCCAGUGAUCUGGAGCAAAGGUGGCCUGGAGGUUCAGGCUAGUGAGAGGGUCCAGGUCCGUCAAAGGGGUUGUAUCGCCGAGCUGCUGAUCCACCACCUGCAGCUGGAGGACACAGGCGACUACAGCUGUGACUGUGGGGACCAGACCACCAGUGCCACCCUGACUGUCAAAGCCCUGCCUGUGGUGUUCCGUAAGAAGCUGAGGGCCCAGGAUGUGGAAGUGGGCUCCACCGUCCGGCUACACUGUGAGCUUAGCAAGGAGAGCGCAAACGUGGAGUGGAAGAAGGGAGCAGUCCAGCUGUUCCCCUGUGCCAAAUAUGAGAUGGUGCUCGAGGGGACUGUAGCUGAGCUCCUCAUCCAUGAUGCUGAGCAGGAAGACACGGGAGACUACACAUGUGAUACAGGGGACCAGCAGACUACUGCCUCUCUUACAGUGAAUGCCCCCAAGCCCAAAUUCAAGACCCGUCUGCAUAGUGAAGAACUAGAGGAAGGCACUACGGCCCGACUGCACUGUGAACUGAGCAUGGCCCAGUCCACUGUGGAGUGGAGGAAGGAGGGCGAACUGCUCCGGCCUGGCUCCAAGUAUGAGAUGAGGAAGGAAGGAAGUGUCUGUGAGCUUCUGAUACAUGGCCUGGAGGCCAAGGACACUGGCGAGUACGCCUGUGUGGCUGGGGAUCAGAAGACCCUGGCUACAGUCAAGGUGAAAGAACCUGAAGUGACCAUUGUCAAAGAAUUGACAAACAUGGAGGUAUUUGCUGAUGAGGACGUGGAAUUCCGCUGUGAGGUCUCCAGGGAGAAGGCAGGGAAUGUGGAAUGGAAGCUCCAAGGCUUGGCCUUGCAGAACAAUGAGAUGAAUGAGAUCUCAGUGGUGGGAGGCCGGACACACACACUGAGACUGAGGAAUGUGACACCAGAGGACACGGGCACCAUUUCCUUCUCUGUGGGCCGCCACACAACAACAGCAGAGCUCAUUGUCAAAGCACCCGAGGUCAACAUUGUGGAGCCCCUUCAGGACAUGAAGCUGUGUGAGGGUGAGGAUGCCAAGUUUGUUUGCCGGCUGUCAAGGGCCCCGGGGCAGGAGGUCCAGUGGCGCCUGGGCGGCGUGCCCCUCCAGUCCAAUGAGAUGAACGAGAUCACUGUGGAGCGUGGCACUGUCCACACACUCACCCUCCGGAAGGUGACUGUAGAGGACGCUGGCGUGGUCAGCUUUCACGUGGGGACCAUCAGCUCAGAGGCCCAGCUCUGCAUCACAGCCAAGAACACCAUUGUCCGGGGCCUGGAGAAUGUGGAGGCGGUGGAAGGAGGCGAGGCCCUAUUUGAGUGCCAUCUUGCCAAGCCAGAAAUUGCCAAUCACAGUUGGCUGAUGGAUGACGUACCGGUGAAAACCUCAGAAAAUAUUGAGAUGGUCUACUUUGAAAAUGGCCGGAGGCACCUGCUCCUGCUGAAGAACCUGACUCCGCAGGACAGCUGCCGAGUGACCUUCCUAGCCAAUGAUAUGGUCACUUCUGCUUUUCUGACCGUCAAAGGCCUCCCUGAGCCUCCCGAAGAUGCCGAGGUAGUAAAACAGAGUGGCCACUCAGUGACCUUGUCGUGGGCAGCACCAGGGAGUGAUGGCGGUGCUGGCCUACUUGGGUACAAGGUAGAAAUGAAGACGGCGACAGGUGAAUGGCAGCCAUGCUACAAAGACUUGAUCCCAGGGACUGAGUGUGUGGUGAGCGACCUGGUCCCUGGGCAGCCCUACCGCUUCCGAAUCGCAGCUGUAGGUCAGGCAGGCGUAGGAGAGCCCGUGCACCUGCCUCAGACUGUAAAGCUUGGUGAGUGGCCUUCCAUUGCCCCUGUAGAGGCAGUUGCCUCAGCCUCAGUAAGCAAGAUGGUGGUGGUUGGGGAGGAAGCUCACCUGGAGUGUGAGGUGGUAGGUGAGAUGCAGGAGGUGACCUGGAGGAAAGGAAAUGAGGUGAUCCAACCUGGAGGCCGCUAUGAGCUUAUCUCCAAAGGCAAGAAGCAAGUACUAGUAAUCCAUGGGUUCCAGCCUGAUGACCAAGGCUCCUACACCUGCAGCUCCACUAGCAGCAAGGCCCCAGCUGCUGCCUCCUUUGAAGGUAUGCCUACAGAGGCCUUGUCUGAUGGCCUUGCCCAGCCCAGCUUGCCCCCUGAGGCAGCCCAGGAGGGUGACCUGCACCUCUUGUGGGAAGCUCUCGCCAAAAAGCGCCGCAUGAGCCGGGAGCCCACUCUGGACUCAAUCAGCGAGCUGCCGGAGGAGGAUGAGCGGCUGCAGAAGCUAAGGCGAGAAGUAGAGGAAGCCGUCCAGGACUUCUCUGAGGGCUACUCCACUCCCGACGAGCUAACCCGCACAGGCGAGGCUGACCUCUCACACACCAGUUCUGAUGACGAGUCCCGGGCUGGCACCCCGUCCCUCGUCAGCUACCUCAAAAAGGCAGGAAAGCCCGGGAGCAAGGCCAAGGCCCCUGGGGCCGCCCCUGCAAACAAGCCCAGGAAACCGUGGGAGCAGACCGAGGCUGAGCCUGCAGCCACCCCUAAGCUACCUGGCGACCUGACCGCUGAGCUUCUGGAGGACCCCUCCAUGGAUAAGGCGGCCAUAAAAAUCCAGGCCGCUUUCAAGGGCUACAAGGUGAGAAAGGAGAUGAAGCAAAAUGAGGGUCCCAGCUUCCGGGAUACUUUUGGGGACAUCACAGUGGAAGCAGGAGGCUCCCUGCACCUAGAGUGCGUGGCUGUCAGCAAGACAGACGUGAAGACAUCCUGGCUCAAGGACGGAGUAGAGCUCACAGACGGACGGCACUACCACAUCGACAACUACGGCGAUGGCACUUGCUCCCUGCUGGUCACUGGUCUGGAGGCCAGUGACGCCGGCUGCUAUACCUGCCAGGUGACCAACAAGUUCGGUCGCAUCUCUCAUAGCGCCCGAGUGACAGUAACUGGGACUGCCGUGACCAGCGGGGCCGAGAGCGAGGCGGAGAGCUCAUCGGGCAGCGAAGUGGAUGACGCUUUCCGCCGGGCCGCCCGAAGACUGCACCGUCUCUUCCGGACCAAGGCCACUUCAGAAGUGUCCGACGAGGAGCUCUUCCUCAGCGCCGAGGAGGGCAGUGUGGACCUGGAGGAGCCCAGUGACUGGCAAACCUACCGGGAAGAUGACCGCUAUAUCUACAUCCGGUUUGAGACUGCCAACGAGGCCCGCCAGGCAACCACUCGCUUCCAGGAGAUGUUUGCAGCCCUGGGCAUUCUGGUGGAGAUCGACAUUCUGGAGCAAGGGCCCCGCAAGGUGGAGAUGCGCAUCGUGAAGGUGGCACCAGCCCCAGCCGGCCAGCUCGCCUUCCCCACAGCCCCCAAGGAGCACCCUUCGAUGCUGAUGACCUCUGACACAGCCCCUGUUUUCCUGACGGAGCUACAGAACCAAGAAGUACAGGAUGGCUAUCCUGUGAGCUUUGACUGUGUGGUGGCUGGCCAACCAGUGCCCAGCGUGCGCUGGUUCAAAGAUGGCAAGGUGCUAGAAGAGGAUGACCACUAUAUGAUCAAUGAGGACCAGCAAGGUGGCCACCAACUGAUCAUCACAGCUGUGGUACCUGCCGACAUGGGUGUCUACCGCUGCCUGGCUGAGAACAGCAUGGGUGUCUCUUCUACCAAGGCUGAGCUCCGUGUAGACCUGACAAGUACGGACUACGAUACAGCAGCUGAUGCUACGGAGACUUCUUCCUAUUUCAGUGCUCAGGGCUACCUGUCCAGUCGAGAACAAGAAGGUGCAGAGUCAACUGCAGAGGAAGGUCAGCUGCCCCAAAUUCUAGAGGAGCUCCAGGACAUCCAAGUGGCCCCGGGAGCCCGGCUGGCUAAAUUCCACCUCAAGGUCAAAGGGUACCCAAUGCCCCGGCUCUACUGGUUCAAGGAUGGUCAGCCCUUAUCUACCUCCUCCCGGAUUCUCAAGACUGAUAAGAAGACCGUUCACACUCUAGAAAUCCACAAUAUCACAAAGGAAGAUGCUGGAGAGUAUUCUGCCUAUAUCAGGAAUGCUGUGGGCUCUGCCUACUCCUCUGCCCGGCUGCUGGUCCAGAGUCCCAAUGAGCCAGAAAAGAAGAUAGACUCAGAUUUUCAUGAACAACUUGUGCCUCCAAGAUUCCUGGAAAGAUUUACCAAUAAGAAAGUGAAGAAGGGCUCUAGCAUCACCCUCUCAGUGAAAGUGGAAGGGCAGCCCCCUCCAACAGUGAACUGGCUAAAGGAAGAAGCCAAUGAAAAUGUCCUCUGGAUCCAAGCUGACACUCCAGGCUACAAGGUAGCCAGCUCCAACCUUCAGCAUAGCCUCAUCCUCCUGGACAUAGGGAAACAGCAUGAGGGUUCCUACACAUGCAUUGCCACGAAUGGGGCUGGGCAGUCCAUCUGCUCUGCCACCCUGAAAGCAGAUGGGGCAGCCAGAGGACAGAAGAAAGUCAAGGAAGCCCUGAUUUCAAACCUGCUGCAGGGAGCUGGAGCCAGCUCAGUCCAGACAUCAGAAACCACAGGCUUUAACGAGGUUGACCAGGCAAAGAAAGGAGUGCUGUCAGAAGCUCCUGAGGGCCGAGGCCACAUUUCCCUUGCUGAUGUUGGAACUGAAGAAUUCCUCCAGAAGUUGACAUCCCAGAUCACUGAGAUGGUGUCUGCCAAAAUCACUCAAGCCUCUCUCCGGGUCCCUGGAGGGGAGAGUGAUGAUGAAUCCAAGACCCCUUCCCCAUCUCCCCGGCAUGGCCGGUCCCGACCUUCCUCGAGUGUCCAAGAGUCCUCUUCUGAGUCUGAAGAUGGAGAUGCCAGAGGGGAGAUCUUUGACAUCUAUAUGGUCACAGCCAACUACCUGCCUUUGGGAGCAGAUCCAGAGGCCAUUACAUUAAGGGAAGGCCAGUAUGUGGAGGUCCUUGACUCAGCCCAUCCACUCAAAUGGCUUGUUCGAACUAAGCCCACCAAGUCCAGUCCUUCUCGCCAAGGCUGGGUGUCACCUGCUUACCUGGACAAGAGGCUAAAGCUUUCACCAGAGUGGGCAGCUGCCGAAGUGCCCGAGUUCCCUGGAGAACCAGUUUCAGAGGACGAAUAUAAGAAGAGACUAAAUGUUGUCAUCCAGGAUCUGCUGAGCUCCGAGAAGGACUUUGUCAGUGCCCUGAACUUCGUGCAGACCCACCAUCUGCAGCAUCUGGAGUCCUGCCCCAGUGUACCUGCCUCUGUGUCCAGCCAGAAACCCAUUAUCUUCCGGAACAUAAGCGACAUUGGCCUCUUCCAUGCCGAGCGCUUUCUCCAGGAGUUACAAAAGUGUGACACAGAUGACGACGUAGCCAUGUGCUUCAUCAAGAACGAAGGAGACUUUGAAAAGUACAUCCAGUACCUGGUGGGCCGUGUGCAGGCCGAGUCUGUGGUGGUCAGCAAGGCUGUCCAGGAGUUCUACAAGAAAUAUUCGGAGGAGAAGCUUUCAGGAGCGGAUCCCUCCCAGCCUCCCUUGCCUCCCUUGCAGCACUACCUGGAGAAACCUAUCCACCGGAUCCAGCAAUACCAGACCGUUAUCAAGGAUCUGAUCCGGAAUAAGGCGCGAAAUGGUCAGAACUGUGCCCUGCUCGAGCAAGCCUAUGCAGUUGUGUCUGCCCUGUCCCAGCGGGCCGAGAACAAGCUCCACGUCUCCCUCAUGGAGAACUACCCGGGGACUCUGGAGGCCCUGGGGGAGCCCAUUCGCCAGGGUCACUUCAUUGUAUGGGAGGGUGCCCCAGGGGCCAGGAUGGCCUGGAAGGGCCACAACCGGCAUGUCUUCCUCUUCCGGAACCAUCUGGUAAUCUGUAAGCCGAAACGCGACUCCAGGACAGACACCUAUAGCUAUGUCUUCAGAAGCAUGAUGAAGCUGAGCAACAUUGACGUGAAUGACCAGGUGGAGGGGGAUGACCGGGCCUUCGAGGUUUGGCAUGAGCGGGAAGACUCAGUGCGCAAGUACCUGCUGCAGGCACGUACUGUCAUCAUCAAGAAUUCCUGGGUAAAGGAGAUCUGUGGCAUCCAGCAGCGGCUCUCCUUACCUGUCUGGAAUCCUCCAGACUUUGAGGAAGAGCUAGCAGACUGCACAGCCAAGCUGGGUGAGACUGUCAAGCUGGCCUGCCGGGUGACCGGGAUCCCAAAGCCCAUUGUCAGCUGGUAUAAAGAUGGGAAACCAGUGGAUGUAGACCGUCACCACAUCUUCAUAGAGGACCCCGAUGGUUCCUACGCCCUCAUCCUGGACAACCUAACGGGUGUGGACUCGGGACAAUACAUGUGCUUUGCUGCCAGUGCAGCUGGCAAUGCCAGUACCCUGGGGAAGAUCCUCGUGCUAGUCCCUCCACGAUUUGUGAACAAAGUCCGAAAUGCCCACUUCGUGGAAGGUGAAGACAUCCAGUUUACAUGCACCAUCGAGGGAGCUCCUUCUCCCCAGAUCAGGUGGUACAAGGAUGGCACUCCGUUGACCGAGAGCAGCAAAUACCAGAUGUUCAAUGAACCCCGGAGUGGGGUGCUGGUACUAGUGAUCAAGAAGGCCUGCCGGGAGGACAUGGGAUAUUACGAGUGUGAGCUGUCCAACAAGCUAGGAUCGGCCCGCAGUGGAGCUGAGCUGUCAGUGCAGAGUACAGCCUUACUGGCCCAGGAGAAGAGAGGAGAGCAGGCUAUCACCAUCGAAGAACCCCCAUCCAUGCAGGUGACUAUUGAAGAUAUACAGGCUCAGGCUGGGGAAACAGCAAAGUUCCAGGCAAUCAUUGAAGGGCACCCUCAGCCCAUAGUGGCCUGGUACCAGGGCAGCACCUUGUUGACCAGCAGCCCCCGAGUCUUCCAAGAACAACAAGGCACGAACUAUUCCCUGGUCUUGAAGGAGGUCACCCAGCAGGACGCGGGCAUCUACACCUGCCUGGCCCGGAACCCCAGCGGGGAGGUCUUGUGCAAAGCAGAACUGCUGGUCCAGGGAGGUGAGUGGCAGGGAGCAGAGAAGCAGAGUUACCGAAGAAAGCUCCACUCCUUCUACGAAGUCAAGGAGGAAAUUGGAAGGGGUGCUUUUGGCUUUGUGAAGAGGGUUGAGCACAAAGGCAACAAGGUGUCCUGUGCUGCGAAGUUCAUCCCGCUUCGGAGCAAGACCCGGGCCCAGGCGUACCGGGAACGAGACAUCCUGGCCACCUUGAACCACAAGCUGGUCACCCAGCUCCUGGAUGAGUUUGAGACCAGGAAAACGCUGAUUCUGAUCCUGGAGCUGUGUUCCUCUGAAGAGCUUCUGGACCGCUUAUACAAGAAGAAUGUGGUGACUGAAACUGAGGUGAAGGUAUAUAUAAAGCAGGUUUUAGAAGGCCUCAAGUACCUCCAUGACAAUGACAUCCUGCACUUGGAUAUUAAGCCUCCUAACAUCCUAAUGGCUCACCCAACUAAGGAAGAUAUUAAAAUCUGCGAUUUUGGCUUUGCCCAAAAAAUCACCCCCUCAGAGCCCCAAUACAGCAAAUUUGGUGCCCCAGAGUUUGUCUCUCCAGAAAUUAUUGCCCAGACCCCUGUGACGACCACAUCAGAUAUCUGGGCUGUUGGUGUCAUCACCUACUUAAGUUUGACCUGCACAUCCCCGUUUGCUGGUGAGAAUGACCGAGCGACUCUCCUGAACGUGCGGGAGGGGAAGAUCUCCUGGACCACCCCCCAGGCGGUCCACCUGAGUGAGGAGGCGAAGGACUUUAUAAAGGGGAUUCUUCAGCUGGCGCCAGAGGCCAGACCCAGUGCUUCCAAAUGUCUCACCCACCCAUGGUUUAUGAAACCCUCAGUGCCUCCCGAGGAGGUUCAUUUCAUCAACACCAAGCAGCUCAAGUUCAUCGUGGCCCGGAGCAGGUGGCAGAGAUCUUUGAUGUGCUACAAAUCCAUCCUGGUGAUGCAGUCCAUCCCAGAGCUCCUGCAGGGCCCUUCAGACAGCCCAUCCCUUGGCAUCUCCCGGCACCUCAUCAAAGAGGCCAGCUACUCCACCAGCAGCUCCUCCUCAGACAACGAGAUUGCGGCCUACUCUCGGGCCAAGUCCUUACCGCCUUCACCAGGAACAUACUCCCCCGUCUUCCAGCCCAAGACUCUCCUCCGAGGCUCUGCAAGCCUCCCCGAGGAGGGCGAACUCCCUGCAGGGGAAACUGAGCCUGGGGGGGCAGCUUCGUUUCAGGAAGGAGACAAGACUGCAGCCAAGGGUGCCACAUGCGUACCCCGGCAAAGCAUUAUCAAGAGUACAUUCUCUUGGCAGGCCCGUGAGGCCCAGGAACGAGAAGGUACGUCUCUUGUCCAUGAUUAUAGGAAGCACUUGGAGAGGGCCCGGAGGAACCUUCUGAAGGGCUGGUACUCCAAAGGAGCCCUGCGGGGCCUGCGAGAGCCGCUCCUAGAACAUUAUGAAAUGGAGGAGGAGGAAGCCAAGGAGGGCCAGAUGGGCCCGCUGACCAAGUCACCAUCUUUUGAGACAGCCCUCCGGCUGCCUGGCUCUACCUCCCGCAUCUCCAACCGAAGCCACUCAUUUGAUGACUACAGGCCAAGAACCACCAGCCCCUUCCCAGAGCUAAGCGAGGAAAAAGAGCAGAACAAGGAUCCGGCUACUGGUGAGAGUGCAGGAGAGUCCCCAAAGAUGAGCCAGUCAGAAAGCCCAGGAGGGACUACGCUUCCCCUGACACCAGCCAAAGAGCAGGGAAUCAUGGCCGGGGCCAUCUCCCCAUCCCAGCUUGCUUCACUGCCUACCUCUUCAAGCCAGAAAGAGGAAGGAUCAGUCCUGAAGGCUAGACCUCCUCUGCCCAAAAGUUCAGGUCCAAGAGCAGCAGAUACCUGCCAGGAAGGUCAGUGCCUCCCCUCAUCUGUCCCACAUUCCCAGAUGGCUUCAAGCUCACCUGGGGAAGAAGGAUUAAAGGAUGACUCCCUAAAGAGCUCAAACCCUUUUCUGUUCAGUGAUUCCACAACCACACUCCAAGGUGGCAGCCAUCCGUUGGCACCCACCCCCAAUCUGAAAGUAGCCCCAGGAUCGGCCACUGAGGGCAAACAGACAGAUGACUCCCUGAAGCACUCGAACCCAUUCUUCUCCAGCAGUCUCCUGACCACAGGCUCUGGACCCUCAGCUUACACCAGUGAUGAAGGUGGGCACAAGGAUGGACCUCUAAAGCGAUCCAACCCAUUCCUGUACAGUGACUCGGGGUCUGCCCUGCAAGAGGGCCAUCAGCUCCCUGGGAUCCCUGGAGACACACUAAAGAGAUCCAAUCCUUUCCUUUACCAUGACCCAGGGUCUGCUCUUUUGGAGGGAAGUACUACUUGGGAUGCUACCAUCCUACAAAAACAAGGCAUCCCCAGUUCAGCCCUACCUGGUACCCACAUGGAAGGGCUUCUGAAGACAUACAGCAAUCUCCUCCCAGGGCAGCCUCAGCCAACAGACUCCUCCAAGCUGUCAGCCUUCGAAACCCAAACCAGACUAUUCUCAAGUUCAGUGAGUGAACUCCAUAGCUUUUCAGGACCUGCUUUUCUGGGGAGUAUUUCCCCAUCAGAGGCUACCUCAAAUCUGACUCCCAAGAGUGACUAUUUCUACAGUGCCACAGAGUCGGCAUCCCUAGAGGAUGUUGUGGAAAAGAUGGUAGAUUUGUCCAAGGAGAUGACAGUCCUCGCCGAUUCGGUGUCUGACCAGCAUGGCUCAAAGACACAGACUGUACCCAGGAAGUUUUCCUAUGGAGAGCGUGGGGGCUAUGUAGGAGUUGGGGGCUACGGCAGUUUUGCCUUUGGGGGAGAAGGAAAUGUGCUGGGCCAGAGGCCCUUGUGGGCUGCCAGAACCUGGACUGAGUCAAUAUCAUCUGAAGAGCCAGAAGAGACGGUGCAAGAGAGCACUCCGUCCCAGACAAAGUCUUCUUCCCUCACUGAGAUUGUAGAAACUGGAAAGGAUGCUGGGAAAGAGAUUGGGAAGGAUGCUAGGAAGGAGACAGGGAAAGAGACAAGGGAAGAGACUGGGAAAGGCUCAGGGGAAUUCCUCUCAUGGGAGGAAUUUGGCAAAAGCUCCCAAGUCUCCUUGGUGCAAAUCAAAGACCUUUCUGGAGACUCAUCUGUUGGAGACACAGUGUCUCUAGACAUCUCUGAAGUGGAACCAGCUUACCUAAACUUGUCUGAUUUAUAUGAUAUCAAAUACCUCCCCUUUGAGUUUAUGAUUUUCAGGAAGGUGCCCAAACCAGUUGAGAAAGAAGUCCCAGCCCAACUGAGAGUAGAAAGCAUAGAUAAAACAGAUUUAGAAGAAACUUGGUAUAAGCAAGAAGAAUUUGGACUCUUGCCCAUCAGAGCCACUGGGCAACAAAGAAGCCUAGAGAUCAUGGAAGACUUUGAUCCAAUGGAACUCAUGGGUAAGGACACCAAGGGCCAUAUGUACACCAGUGGGAAGAAGAGGAAAUCCUCCCCAACCAAACCUGGCUUUUUCAAUUUCUCUGGGAAAUAUCAGCCUCUGGAGAGCCCAGUUGAACAUAGCCUGAAGAAGAAAGUGAAGGCCUCGGUGGCCCAUAUUUCAAGAAUCCUGAAGGGCAAACCAGCAUUUGAGCAAGAAAGACGAGAAGAGGCUUUUAAGAAGAAAUCAGGAUUGUCAUCAUUCAGACUCUCAGGAAUGAAAACCAAAGACAGAGGUCUCACAGAUGAGGCUGUCAUCCUGGGCCAGUCUGUUACACUCUCCUGCCAAGUUUCUGCUCACCCAGCUCCACAGACUGAGUGGUUUAAAGAUGGGAUCUCCAUUCAAACCAGUGGCAGGCUACUCAUCUCCUCUACACUCAAAAACUUCCAGCUUCUGACCAUACUGGUAGUCACCGAGGAAGACCUAGGUGUUUACAAGUGUACCGUGAGCAAUUCCUUGGGGAUGGCAUCUACAAUUGGCAUCAUUAGGAAAGCAGAAAUUCCCUCCUCUCCACCACGCCCGGACAUUGGAGAAAUAUAUGAAAAUGGGGUGCUCCUGGUCUGGAAGCCCGUGGAAUCCCACAGUCCAGUGACUUACAUCGUACAAUGCAAGAUGGAAGGUGGAGACUGGAUCACACUGGCGUCAGACAUCUUUGACUGCUGUUACUAUGCCAACAAUCUCUCUCACGGCGGGAUGUACUCCUUCCGGACAGCCUGUGUCAGCAAAGCAGGCAUGGGGCCAUACAGCAGUUCCUCAGAACAAAUCCACAUUGGCGAUUGCAACCAGAUGGGGGCCUCCAAGGAGAAAAAUGGGAAAGUGAUUCAAACUCAGUCUCUCUCAAGUCAGCAAACUUAUGCCUUUCAAAUGGAAAUACGGAGGGGUCGCUUCAGUGUUGUCCGGCAGUGCAGAGAAAAGUCCAGUGGGCGGGUUAUGGCAGCAAAAAUCAUCCCUUACCACCCUGAAGACAAACUAGCCACACUUAGAGAAUAUGAGGUCCUGAAGGCCAUCCACCACCCCAACAUCGCACAGCUCUUUGGGGCCUAUAUCAGCCCCCGACAUCUGGUACUCAUCUUGGAGUUCUGUCCUGGGCCAGAAUUACUUCACUGCUUGGCUGAAAGAACAUCCUAUUCCGAGAUGGAAGUGAAGGACUAUUUGUGGCAGAUCCUCAGUGCCACUGAGUUCCUCCACGCCAACCAUAUCCUGCAUUUAGAUCUAAGGUCAGAAAAUAUUGUUGUUACUGAGUACAACUUACUCAAGAUCCUCGACUUUGGCAAUGCUCAGUUCUACACACAAGACAAGGUCCUUCCCACGGAGAAGUUCAAAGACUACAUUGAAACCAUGGCUCCUGAGCUCUUGGAGGGCCACGGAGCCGUCCCCCAGACAGACGUGUGGGCCAUCGGUGUAACUGCUUUCAUCAUGCUGAGUGCGGAGUACCCCGUGAGCAGUGAGGUGACCUGCGACCUGCAGAAGGGCCUGAGGAAAGGGAAGAUUAAGCUGAACCGAUGCUAUGCCGGCCUGUCGGGAGGAGCCGUGUCCUUCCUCCAGAGCACCCUGUGUGCCAACCCAUGGGGAAGACCCUGUGUAUCCAGCUGUCUUCAGUGUCCUUGGCUGACCAAAGAGGGCUUAGAACAUACCCAGCAAAUGUCAGUGACUUUUUCUACCAACCGGCUAAAGACUUUCGUGAAGGAGCGGGAAAAGAAGCGAGCCCUGCUUUACAAGAAACACAACCUUGCCAUCCUCCACUAAGUGUCCCGAGAGCACUCCUACAUAUUUGAUCCCAUUCAUUGAAGUGAUGAUGUCUGCCUCUGACUUAUUGCAAAUGUGGAGACUUGGAGUUUGGUAGAGCAGAGGAUGUUGUUUUGAGUGCUUAGUUUAAUUUGGAAAUUUCUGUUAAAAACUGGCUAGUCUCUACAGCUCUAAAUCUACACAGAACUUUGUCCCAUUCCUGCUCCUGAGUGGCCAGUGCAUCAAAGACUCUGAGUUCUGGGUUGGUUCCUCUGCCUGACUUUUCCCAAAAUUGGUCUAUCCAACCUUCAAUGACUUCUGUCCUAAAGAGACAAGUCAGCAGUGGCUUCUGGACACAGAUCUUUGUCAAGUGUCCCCUGAAGAAGUUGGAUUAGAAAAAGUGAGUUGCAAUGAAAUCAGUCAGAAUGCUACUCAUUUCAGAAGAAGUUGGCUGUGGCAAUGGAGAUUGUUCUGUAUCUUCUAGAUCAUUGCCCCAGUUGACUUAAAGGAAAAUUUGGGACUCUGCAGACAGCCAUUUAAAUUCUAAAAGCAAGAUGGUACCCAUGAGUGGACACUCUCCUGCUUCAGGUUAAGCAUCCUUACAAUCAAUUCUUUCAUUCUCUGUGGAGUCACUUGGGAUUUCAACCAGUUCUUCAGUAUCAAUAUUUGCCUCCAGGAAAUCAGAGGAGCCUGGAGCUUUGCCAUUUGACUAGAAUACCACAAAUAUAAUUAAGUUCCUUCUGUGUGCGAAGCCCCUUGUGCUUGACCCUAGGGGAGAUAUAAAGUUUAAAUAAUAUGUAAUCCCAGACCCUCAUGAUGCUCAUAUCUAUAGUUAAGGAAUAAGACAUUACAGAGGCUUAACAAUCUUACCUGUGGGCUCUUUGGUCGAGGGUGCCAAGUUGGGAAAAGGGAGAGAGACUCCAAAAUUUGGAGGAGGAAGCAAAGUAGUCUUCCCUUAAUGGAUGAGAGGGAAACUCGACUAGCCUCCUGGAAAAAAAAGUCUUAUAUUGUUAUGUUUUUCCAAGGCUCUCCCCUUAAAGUUUCUCUAGCUUUCAAGAUGUUUUGUUAUGGUAAAUAAAAGUGGUCAAAGUGGUAAA